CCAUCUGCGACUCAAAGUCUUGUCGUAUAACUUUCACCAAUCUGCUUGCCAGUCAUAUACAUCUUCCCGCGGAAUCCCUCUGACUCUUCUCUAAUCCGGAUUGUUGCUCGUAAAACAGCAUGAAGAAGGCAUUCAAGCCUCAAGCAAGCAGUGCGCGCUCCUUUGGAGGCAGCGGCUUUGGUGGGGGUUUCGGUGGCACUGGCUUUGGUGUAUCCUCGUCGCCGCUAUCGUGGAUUGGUGAAGCGCCGGAUCUUUCAAACAUCUCGGACCCCAAUGUCGGAGUAGCCUUCAAGAACUUGACCAAGAAGGACAGUACCACAAAAGCAAAGGCGCUCGAGGAACUGCAGGCAUAUGUCUCUGCGCCGGAACAGCAGAUUGAGGAGGCUGUCUUGGAAGCAUGGGUAAAACUAUACCCUCGCCUCUCAAUAGACAGCGCUCGCCGCGUUCGCCAAUUAGCACACAAUGUCCUUGGUCAAAUCGCUGCCAAGAGUGGAAAGAGAAUGGUGAAACACAUGUCUAGGAUUGCUGGUCCUUGGCUUGCAGGUGCACAGGAUAGUGAUCGUGCUGCUGCCAGAGCUGCUCAAGAUGCGCUGAAGCAGGUCUUCAACACACCGGAGAAGUUGCAGAAUCUUGGAAAGGCUUUCCAACAACCCAUCCUCGAGCAUUGUAGAGACGCCCUCCUGAACGAGACUGUUCAAACUUUGAGUGACGAGCGAAGCGUUAGUCCCGCCGAUGCCCAAGCUACAUACUCGCGAGUUGUUGCCACUAGCAUUGCUGUCAUCUCGAAUUUGCUCAACGAUCUUGCUUCAGAGGACGUGGCCAAGCAACAGGAGACAUAUGAGAGCAUCAUUGCUCAAAACAAGAUCUGGGAAUUGGCUUCUUACAAGGAGGACGUGGUCGUAAGAAGGUCUAUCCACCGCUUCUUGCGCACAUGUUUGACCAAACAGAGAACCGCUGUUGAGGCGAACCUUUCGACUAUUAGCGAAGCCUACAUCUCCAAAGCCCUCCCACACGAUCAGACCGGCUCCUCAUACGACUUUAUGCUGGCACUGGUCGAACUCACGGAUGCUUUGCCGCAAGCUUGGACUACAAGCUAUACAUCCAAGAAGCCUGCUAGCACGAGAUUGCGAGGCUGUAUCAAGCGUGGUUCUCAGGCUGGACCUGCCGAGUUUUGGACAAACGCCUGGCUACUGUUUAGCAAACUCCCUACAGAGGUUCUACCACAGAAGUAUUCAGAAGCCGAAGAACUGUUGAAUGCAGUGCAUGAUGGUGUUGGCCAAAAGGACGACCGUUUCAACGCGUCUGCAGCAUGGUUUGCUUACUUCAAGAUUCUGGAUUUGGUCCAAGACUCUGCGUCAUUGUCCGAUGAGGAGCAUGAAACUCUGCUGAGCAAGAUGGCCAUUCCUGCAAUUGAGCAGUAUCUGCGACCAUCCCCUAGCACUGCUGAUUGGUUGAUCUCUGGUGCUAAGCCUGCUUGGAACGUCUCGAAAGCUGCAUUCUGUAAGCGCUUGCCUUCCGUAUUGGAAAAGAAGUGGCCUGAAUAUGCCACACUCUUGGUUGAGGACAUUCGAACAUCACUUCCUGAGCAGUCCAAGGACUUCGAAAAGUCACAAGCACAUGUCGCUUCUGCAGCAGAACGAUGGGCUUUGCUCCAGUCAGAGCUCCUUCGUGAAGAGUAUCAGGUUCCGGAAUCUUUGCAAAGUGUCUUUUCGCAAUCAACCAAGGACAUCGUCAAGGCAUCUCUCGAAUUGCUCAGAUCUAGGAAUGGAAAGCCAUAUGGCGCUGCUGCCGCAGUAGAUGAGCUGCAGAACCAUUGCAAGACGCUGCUUGCAAAGGAUCAGGAAACACAAGAUACCAUCGCUACCUUCGUGAUUGAGGACCUACCAGAAAUGCUGUCGUCACCCUCUCAAAGGCAACUUGUCUCUCUACUGUAUCACUUCCAGAACGACUCUCGCUUUGGCGAGGCAUGGAACAAGGCUGCCAACGCUCUUGGUAAUAGCCCAGAUUCGGAUGAGAAGCUAGACGCUUUCCGUAAUCUGCUGGCUUCUCCAAGAGUCAAACCGGCUGCCGAGCUUGCUGCCAAGAACAGUGAUAUUCAGGCUUUCCUCCAGCGUUCAUUCAAGUCGAGCUUAGAUACAGGAGCUCAAUGGAGCUUCGUUUCAGGUAUUCUCAAAGGUACACCUAGCGUCGCCUCUACGGAGACCAUUGAUGGGAUGCUGGCAGACCUCACUACUUCGCUUUCUGUCUCGGAAAAGGCUGGCUCUGCGCUCGAUGGUCUGCAAGAGAUUACGAGAAGCAACAAAACUCUUGUCAAAGAGCAUAUUAGGAAGCCUAACGGAUCUCAACUUUUACCCAACCUCUUGCUGCUGGAAGAGUCUGCUGACGAAUUGUUGGCUGCUAAAGCCUCCACCAUCAGCAAGGGCAUCGUCACUGAUGCAGACAGAUCUGGUUCUCAGACUAUCCUCUUCGACGUUGUUCAUCAAAGCUUGAGGGACGUCUCACCGAGCUCUCUGCCAAUGCCACAAGUUCUUGACAUGGCCGCUAACCUCAUCAAGGAAAGCGAUCUCGAGAAAAAGAAGCAGGAAGUUGCACAGCAAGCUCUUCCUGAUCUAGAGUCUUGGAACUCCUCCAUUGCACCAUUCAUCAGGACUCCACCCUCUAUCGCUCUUGCCAUCACUAGUGUGUUAGGCGGUGCGACUUAUCUGGUAGAUCCUGAGAACAAGUCAGGUUCUUCUCCAAUCCUCAGAGAUGGCGAUGGCUUAUCACAAGCUUUGCGAUUUGCCAUGUAUACCUCGAGAGUGUUCUCCAACAACGCCCUACUCCAAGCUUUGGAACCAAAAACACAAGCAGAACUGUUCCAGCUCUUCUAUAUCACUCACAUUCUCCUGACUGAAAGCAUCUCUCUCACGGCACAAGGUGGUCUUGCCUCUCCUAAUCCAGAGACCGAGGCUGAGGUGGUUGAAUUUGUGAACGAAGCAAACAAGUUGGUUGGUGACUGUUUCCAGCAGUACGAAGAUGCGUCUGAAACGUCGUCUUAUGUGUUCGUCGGUACAGCUCUUGAUAACUUCUUUGAGCAUUCCAUGGGCAGCAGUACAUCCGCUUUCUACCAUGCUCAAGCAUUAAGCCACGCACUUGGUGAUCUUGAAUCCAUCCACGGCGGUGGUCACCCCAAGGUUCAAGAGUACGAAGACAAGACUUUGCAGCUUUACAAGGCAAAAGAUGUUGUGCCUUUUACAGCGUGUGCUAGUGGUCUGAAAGAGGCUCUAUCCGAUAGCAAGAAACUCGACAGACAGACUAACGAGCUGGUUGCCGAUCUCACUGGCUUGGAUGCGACUCAAAAUCCAGAGAAAGCCAUCACUCAGCUUGUGAUGCUGAACGCACUAUUCCCUGAUAGCAAGCGAGCUGACAGUGUUGUUGCUAAGCAGCGCCUCAUCUUCUUCAUGAAGCAUGUAUUGCCAUGGCUAGACGAUGAUGAUGUUGUUACUCCCAUCAAGGCUGAGACUUGCAAAGCUUUGCUCUUCGUCUUGCCAGGAGUCAGUGACAUCUAUGGUGAACAUUGGUCACAAAUCCUGGCAUUUUUGACUCACACAUGGGACUUGGGCUUCGUUCGGGAUGAAGUCGCUGACGAGAGUCGCAUGGCCUUGGUAUGCACCACUCUUCAGCUCUUCUCAACCCUUCGUGAUCUCAAGUCAAGCGAAGAGCCGAACGAUGACCUUGUUGAUGCCUGGAAGGAGAGCUCGGAGGUUGCCUACAUGGGCUUGAUGAACCUUGUCAGACAGGGUCGAGGACAGUCUGACGAGCACCAUGAACCCCUGAAGACACUUUUCCAGGCUCUGGGCAGCGAAGUUGGAAAGUGGUCAACUGGUGAGGUCGAGGAUGAAGCUGAGCUGUACCCUCUGCUUUACACGCCAUCCAAGGCUCUGCAAAGGACUGCGUUCAGCAUCCUUCACCGUGUCAUUCCCGCAGCACAGGAGCAGGUUUCUUUCGACGCCGCUCUCGAGAAGAAGGCCGCAAAACUCCCCGAGGAGCUGUUGUCCCUGUUGCUUGCACCGCCCACGCUUGACAGCUUAGCGGACGCUUCUUUCCGUACGGGCAUCCCGCAGGAACUGCAAGCAUACCUUUACAGCUGGCAGCUUAUCUUUGACCACUUUACCAACUCCAGCUAUCAGGUCAAGUCAGAUUAUGUUGAGGCCCUGCGUGAAGGCGAGUACCUUGGUAAUCUACUUGAUCUGACUUGGGAGCUUCUAGGUCAUGUUCGCGGCCGCCCUAUCGAUGUGUCCAAGUAUGAUAUCCGCCGUUACGACUACCUCGAUCAGCAAGGCGAUCUCGAGGGCUUGAGUGCAGACAAGCGUAUGCACUGGCUUCUGGCUCACCUAUACUACCAAGCUUUGAUGCACGUUCCCUCACUCACAAAGGCAGAAUACUUGACGAUCAAGUCGCGCCAAACUGGUCUGGCAGUCGAGACUUGGACAGCCAAAUACAUCGCUCCUCUAAUAGUCUCGGCAUCUCUGGACUCUGUCUCCCAAUGGGCAGAUGAUGUCAAGACAGACCCAGAAUAUGAAGGCUGGAGCGUCAAGGUGUCGCCUCGCAGUCGCGAAGUACAGUUCUCAUACCUCGUCGACGAGCAGACCAUGUCCAUUGUCAUUCGCUUGCCAGAGACUUACCCCUUGGCAAGUGCCAGAGUUGAAGGUUUGAACCGUGUCGCUGCCGACGAACGCAAAUGGCAGUCCUGGCUGCGCAAUUGCCAAGGUGUCAUUCAAUUCAGCAAUGGCAAUCUCAUUGAUGGUCUGACCACAUGGCGACGCAAUGUCACCGGCGCUCUCAAGGGACAAUCGGAGUGUGCUAUUUGCUACAGCAUCAUCUCUGGCGACAGACAAUUGCCCAGCAAGCGUUGCAGCACUUGCAAGAACUUGUUCCACAGUUCUUGUUUGUUCAAGUGGUUCAAGACCAGUAACGCGAGUACUUGUCCACUUUGCAGAAACCCUUUCAACUAUGGUUAGAGUGUUUUCUUCAGUGUUGAAGGAUAGAAGAAGGGUAUUUUGUAUAUAAAAACUCUCGCAUGAUAAUGAAGCCAAGGACGGUGAAGUUGUCAAACUUGGUAUAUAAUAAAAGCAUUACGGUCAUCAUUC